AUGGUGGAGUGGAGCAUGGUAGAGUGGAGCAUGGUGGAGGGGGAGGCGUAUGGUAAAGUGGAGUGUGGUGCAUUGUAUGUGAGUAUGGUGGUAGUGUGGAGCAUGGUGGAGUGGAGCAUGGUAGUGUGGGGCAUGGUGGAGUGGAGCAUGGUGGUGUGGAGCAUGGAGUGUGGGCGUGUUGAACGGGCAUGUGUGGAGCGUUGUGGAGUUGAGCAUGGUGGUGUGGCGCAUGGUAGUGUGGAGCAUGGUGGAGUAGGGCAUGGUAGUGUGGAGUAUGGUAGUGUGGAGCAUGGUGGAGCAGGGCAUCACAGUGUUGAGCAUGGUGGAGUGGGGCAUGGUCCUGUGGAGCAUGGUGGAGCAGGGCAUGGUAGUGUGGAGCAUGGUGUAGUAGGGCAUUGUAGUGUGGACCAUGGUAGUAUGGAGCAUGGUGGAGCGGAGCAUGCUGGAGUAGAGUGUGGUUGA